CUGCCAUUUCGAACUUAACUCACGUCAUCUCUUACGUAUUCCAUUUUAUCCAUCAGAUGAGUCAGACAUUUGCUGUAGAGUCAUAAAUCUACAUACUCAGAUAGCCUUCGUUCACGCAGCUAGAUACGUCAGCUCGGCCAUCCUCCGUGUAUGCGUACGAAGCGCCUUCUACGCAUCUCGCCUCAUAUAAAAUCCUUUGAAUUUCCACUUCCGCAACUCCCACGAUCGACAUACUUCUGCUUCUUUCUACUUUCACUUUCCCUAUGCAGGCUUCCAGCUACAGCUCCAAUUUCCGACCAUAUGGCCCACCGGAGUACUCAACACCGUCCUACAGUGGCACCCAUCAAGGUAUCUCGGAUGAGGAGAUGAUCGCCACCAUCGAGACCAGUCCUCCUAAAAAGCGGGCUGGACGGAUGAAAUUCCGCGAGACAAGACAUCCCGUCUAUAAGGGUGUUCGACAGAGGAAUGGAGGGAAGUGGGUGUGCGAGAUGCGGGAACCGUACAAGAAGACGCGGAUAUGGCUCGGGACUUUUCCGACGGCUGAGAUGGCUGCGCGUGCCCAUGAUGUGGCUGCCAUGGCCCUUAGAGGCCGAUUGGCCUGUCUCAAUUUCGCCGACUCUGUGUGGCUUCUACCCGUUCCCGCUUCUGGCAGUGUUAAAGACAUUCAGAAAACUGCUGCUGAGGCCGCCGAAGCAUUCCGUCCUUUGAAAUCUGCUGCCGAAGCAUUCCGUCCUUUGAAAUCUGAAAUCAAUAGAAGGAAUGAAGCAGACCCAGCGAAGCAUGUAAAUCUUUCCCCACCGGAGAAUGUGUUGUACAUGGAUGAGGAAGCCAUUUUCGACAUGCCGGGAUUGCUUGCCAGCAUGGCAGAGGGGAUGCUGCUUUCUCCACCUCCAUAUGUCCCAUGGGAUGACGUUGAAGUAGGUGCUGACGUGUCGCUAUGGAGCUACUCAAUUUGAUCCGGAAGCGGGAAGACAUUGAGAGAGAGAGGGUGGGGCCCACCCCUUUAAAGUUUAAUA